AUGUCUUCCAUCGAACUCGCAAUGGCGCGCAGCCUGCAACCAACUGCUUGGGAGGCCAUUACUCAUGUGUUCGCAAGACAUCUCGUCGCCCAGGCUCAUAAGCGCGACCUUGUUGGUGAUACACAGCAGAAAGUCGGCGAUGUCAAAACUGCCUUUUCUAGCUGGGACAAUUGCAUGCAGGCUGCCUACUGCAAGUAUGUACUUCGCGUCAAGUUUGCCCAUCUGCAUUGCAUGUACUAA